AUGUGGACGAAGUUCAAUAAACACUCUUUAUUCUUCAAUUGGCAUAAAAACCUUAUCUCGCGUAAUCCGCCUACACAAUAUCAUAUUGCAUCUAUAGAACGAACAUUAGAUCGAUCUCGGUUAUUAUCAAAGCGAGUAUCAUCAAAUGGCAUCACAUUCGACACCACACGACAUUUCUCAACAUCUGCCACAUUCUACCGCACGCAAGCUAAUUCAAAUCGUGAAAGUGGAUAUGCUGACAGACGGGCGCGUAAUUUUCAAUUUCCUGAAGAAUUAUCGCCGUUGCAAGCAUUAGCUAUGUUGCACCGUAAAGAAUGGGAUGAUUCCAUGUUAAAAGAACAGCUCCUACAAUUUCAGCGAAACGGAAAUAUAAGGAAACAAUGUGGUGAAGUCGGAAUACCCCCCUCUGUAUUUAAACUGGCUGUGCAAGAUUUUGUAGUGGCUGUCGAAAAGGGUGAACUGCCGAAAUGUGGAAAUGAAGUUCUCAAAGAGGCUUUUGAAGAGAGUGGGGUAGUUAGAGUGAGGAAGCUUUUAUUGAGUUCAUUUCUUGAGUAUGCUCAGUCGAACGUGAAGAAAUACAUGUCCGAUGAGCAAGUAGAGCUGUUUUUAUCUAUUCGAAACAUUAGCGAUCUUCGGUUUCCAGCUGAUUGGUAUGCUAAAGCAAGGCAGAUGAAUCGCAAAGUAAUCUUGCAUGUCGGACCUACUAAUUCCGGCAAAACUUACAACGCGUUACGACGAUUAGAGUCGGCCGAAAAUGGUCUUUAUUGCGGUCCGCUACGUUUGCUCGCUCACGAAAUAUACGAACGAAUGAACGCGAAAGGCAUACCAUGUAAUCUGGUAACAGGAGAAGAGAGGAGAGAGAUUCCUGGGCAAGUCCGCUUGGUCAGUUCUACAGUUGAAAUGGCAAACACGAAGAAAGCCCUAGACGUUGCUGUCAUAGACGAGAUUCAAAUGAUUGGGGAUUUUGAGAGAGGUUGGGCAUGGACACAGGCGCUUUUGGGUUUACAAGCUCACGAAAUCCAUCUGUGCGGAGAUCCAUCCGUUAUCCCUCUUGUGAAGGAACUUUGUGAAAAUGUAAACGACGAGCUAGAAAUAAAAGAAUACAAAAGACUUUCUCCGUUGGUCGUAUCAAAUAGGUCAUUGGACAAUAACUUCCGUCACAUACGUCGAGGAGAUGCAGUAGUUACCUUUUCUAGAUAUCAAAUAUUUGCGGUAAAGCGGAUGAUUGAAAAAGACACGGGUUUGCAAUGUGCGGUCGUAUAUGGAGGAUUGCCACCAGAGACUCGUUCUCUACAAGCUAAACUAUUUAAUGAUCCCAACAGUGGAUACGAUGUUAUCGUUGCGAGUGAUGCCAUUGGAAUGGGAUUGAAUUUAAACGUCAAGCGUAUUGUGUUUGAAACGGUGAAGAAAUUUGAUGGAAAGAAUUAUCGAUACCUAACCCCUUCACAAGUCAAACAAAUUGCUGGCAGAGCAGGACGAUUUGGUACUGCUCACGAAGUGGGAGAAGUUACGGCAAUGGAUGAUGGAGAUCUGCAAUACGUGACAAGAGCGUUGGAUGCUGCGGUCACAAAUAUUGAUUUUGCUGGAUUACAACCUAAUGCCGAGAUGGUGGAACUUUUUGCUCAUCAGUUGCCAGAGAACAUUUCAUUCUCCCAGCUUCUGCAAAAAUUCGAAGAUCUUGCUCAAAUAGAUGGUCAAUAUUUUCUUUGUAAUUUUCGGGAUCUAAAAAUUAUUGCAGAUCGGAUACAGUCGGUGGAAAUGUCAAUAGCAGAUCGAUAUGCAUUUGUUACAUCUCCAGUGAACACCAGAGAUGAACUAGUCAUGGCUUACUUAACCAAAUUUGCAGAAAUGUAUGGAAAGAAAGAGGCAUGUCACUUAGAAAGUCUGGUUCGACUUCCAGAACAGCCUCCAACCACUCCUGAAGUACUGCAAGAUCUCGAAUCAGCGCAUAGAGUCAUUAUGUUAUAUUUAUGGCUAAGCUAUCGCUUUCCAGACGUAUUUGUCUCGGUCGAAAAUGCAAUUGAAACCAAGGCACGUUGCGAAUCCCUGAUACACGACUCGCUUCAAACUAUCCAGUUCUUCAGGAAGCGCACAAAAUUCAGCAGGUCGAAAAUGAGACACAUGGAAGAAGUUGCCUUGCGAUCAUCAACCGAUUAUGGACAUGCUAAAAGAAAGGGUUUACAUAAAGCAGAAAGAAGAGAGAGGCAUCGCAGGGUUGACGGCCAACAGUUGUAUACUGCUUAA